AUGUCAACUUUCAAUAUAAUAGAUAUUGUAAAGACCGCCAAAGAUGCGGGAAUUUCCCCAACAGAUAUCAAUACUUUAGUUGCUCCCGAAGAAGCGGAGAAGAGACGCCAACAUGAGCUAGAAUUGGCUAAAUUAGGCAUCGGAAACCAAGGCUCCGUAGUUAAUGCGAGUCGGUCUCCUUAUCCAGAUUUGAAUUUGCCAAACUUUUGUGAGGGCAAAGAUGAUAUUCAUGAUUAUCUUGUACGUUUUGAGAAGAUUGCGGAAUUACAGAAUUGGGGGGUAGAACGUUAUCAUGUUUACCUUGGAGCCCAUUUGACAGGGAAAGCCUUAAAAACUUAUAUUAAUUUGCCUAGUAAGAUUCUAUCUUCCUACGAAUUGGUUAAGGAUGCUUUACUUAAAACUUAUUGCUUAGGUGCUGAGUCUUAUCGUAAGAGAUUCCGGGAAAGCAAAGUAAACGACACAGAGUCGUAUGUUCAAUUAGUCACUAGAAUGGAACAGUACCUAAGAAAUUGGAUAAGUCUUAGUGAGGUAAAAGAGAAUUUCGAUGACCUUUGCGACUUUCUUGUUAGAGACCAAUUGCUAAGCAAUUGCUCUUUAGAUAUGCGGGUUUUCUUAAAAGAAAGAUUAUUUGACAACAUUCUUGAUAUGGCUCAAGCUGCUGAUAGAUUCAGAGCUGCGCAUCACAAUACUAGAGCGAGGAAGACUUUCUCUGUGAGAGAAGAAACGAGCGAAAGGCGCGACGCCAAAUCCGAAGUAGUGUGUCACAACUGCAGAUCAACGGGGCACAUUCGACCUAACUGUCCUGAAUUAAAACGAUCGCGGUCGGGGUCAUCAAAGGUUAACUUUGUUUUUGAAUCGGAUCUUACUCCGCAGAACAGUGUCACCGACGAUGCGACUCUGUUUAAUAAACCCGUUAAUGCUCUCUUUGAUUCAGGAUGUUCAACUAUUAUAGUUAAAGAUUCGCUGAUUCCCCCGCAUGUAAAACGAAGAAAGACAAUUACACUGUAUGAUUACCUUGGUGUCGGCAAGACUUUUCCCGAAAUACGGUGCUUCAUAAAGAGUAGAUUUUUGACUGGAUGGGUGAAUGCUGUCGCGGCUCCCAUCAAAUUCACAGACGUAUUAAUCGGAAUGGUACCCGGGGUCAAGAUACCAGCAUUAGAUUUAACUGUUAAAACUAAUAACGGCAAUACCUCAACCAUUAACCAUGACUUUGCAAGUGCUGAUGACCAAGUAAUGAGAGUCCAGACUCGAGGAGGUAAAAUAGCUGACCUUGCUAGACCUCAUGCCUUAAAUGUACCAGAAUUGAUAAUUAAGGAUAUCACAAAACGGGAACUGAUGGACGAACAAGGCAAAUGCGUAACUCUAAAAGAUAUAAGGUCAAAAGUAGAGAGAGGGAAUACAGUAAGUGUCAAACAUAGAACGGUAAAAUAUGAGAAGGACAAUGAUCUCAUUUAUAGAAUUUGCGUUAAAAGUAAAAAUGAAAAUGAGAUUGGUAUGAAGCAAUUAGUUGUCCCUCAUAAGUUCAGACAUGCCAUUUUGUCAACCGCACAUGAUUCCCCUGUUGCCGGACACUUUUCACAUCGUAAAACAUCUGAAAAGAUAUUUUAUAAAUUCUUCUGGCCAGGCGCGGGUGCCGAUGUGAAGCGAUUUUGUCGUUCAUGUUCACUAUGCCAGAGAUCUUCCCCUAAAGGAAAAGUAAAGAAAGUACCAUUAGUGUCCAUGCCCGUGAUAAAUGAACCGUUUGCUCGCGUUGCCAUAGAUCUCGUAGGCCCGUUAUCACCUUCAGAAAGAGGUCACCGGUAUAUCUUGACCUUAAUAGACUGCGCUACUCGUUUCCCUGAAGCUGUCCCUCUACGCAGUAUAGAUACAGUAACCGUCGCAGAAAAUCUAAUUGACAUAUUUUCACGUGUCGGUAUCCCUAAAGAAAUAUUGUCAGACCGAGGCACGCAGUUUAAAUCUGACCUCAUGAAUAAGAUAAAUAGACUUUUAUGUGUUAAGGCUCUCUAUACGAGCCCGUAUCACGCAUGUUGCAAUGGUACAGUAGAAAGAUUUCACGCAGUUUUGAAAUCUAUGUUAAAGAAACUAUGUAUAGAACAACCACAAAACUGGGACCGAUACAUCCCCUCAGUGCUAUUUGCCUACCGCGAAAUUCCAAAUGACACUUUGAAGUUUUCUCCUUUCGAACUGUUGUAUGGCCGUAGGGUUCGUGGACCGCUUACAAUCCUGUAUGAAUUGUGGACCAACGAUAAUCUGGAUAGCAAUGUAAAAAACGCUUAUCAGUAUGUGUUAGAUCUCAGAGCUAAAUUAGAGGAAUCUGCUCAGUUAGCAUCAUCUCAUGCUAACCUCAAUAGUAAGCUAUAUAGAACUUAUUUCGAUCGCGGCGCUAAAGCACGCUCUCUCGCCGUUGGCGACGAAGUGCUCGUUCUGCUUCCUACGACACAUAACAAGCUCACUAUGCAGUGGAAAGGCCCAUACCCCGUGAUUAAACGUCACGAUAACGGCGUAGAUUACUUGAUUAAAGUAAAGGGUAAAACUAAACUUUACCAUAUUAACAUGAUGAAAAAGUUCAUUAAAAGGGAAAAAAAUGAAAUGCCCAAAGUUUGCCAGAUAUGUGUAAUAGACGAUGAUCCUGCUAGUGAUGACACGUGCGAUGUAUCUGUAAUGAGUAAUUCGGUAACUAAUUUCAAUACAGGUCCAGAUCUAAAAUCUGAUCAAGUAAAAGAAUUACGAAAUCUACUUGAUAAAUAUCAAGAUGUAUUCUCAGAGAAGCCUGGAUUAACUAGCUCAGUAACGCACGAUAUAAAAUUGACUACCACCGAACCCGUACACCGCAAACCUUACACGAUUCCCCACCAUUUGAUUAAACCAUUCGAGGCGGAAGUACAAAGAAUGAAAGAACUUGGAGUGAUCGAAGCAUCCGAUUCGCCGUACUGUUCGCCCGUUGUUCUCGUUAAAAAGUCAAAUAACACUUGGAGGUUCUGUGUUGAUUUUCGAGCUCUAAACGAUGUUAGUCAAUUUGAUGCUGAGCCGAUGCCUUCUAUGGACGAAGCACUGGGGCAUUUUACGUCCGAUAAAUUUUUCACAGAACUCGAUUUGUGUCGAGGCUAUUGGCAAAUCCCCUUAAGUGAACGAUCUAAGCCAUAUACUGCUUUUGCAACCAAGUAUGAUAUAAUGUUCCCCAUUAAUGUCUUACUGAGAAAAUACAGUAGCAAUGUGCUAAUAUGGAAUGAUGAACAGAUUGCAAGUGUUAAUUUAUUGAAGGAGAAACUAAUUAACGCCCCAAUUCUUACGUUGCCAGAUCAUAACAAGCCAUUUUUCUUAAGAACGGAUGCUUCUGACACGGGUUUAGGUGCAAUCCUUCUGCAGGAAAUAAACGGCGAAUUAAUGCCUAUUGCCUAUGCCAGCCGCACGCUAUUAGACCGCGAGAUGCGUUACGCAGUUAUAGAACGCGAAUGCCUCGCUAUAGUUUGGGGAAUAGAAAAAUAUAAGUGUUAUUUAUAUGGUAAAGAAUUCUAUCUACAAACAGAUCAACAGCCAUUAACAUAUUUACGGAAUAUGAAGAAUAGUAAUGGCAGACUUAUGCGCUGGUCUCUCGCCUUGCAGGCAUAUUCCUUCAUAAUUCAAUAUAUCAAAGGUGUUAAUAAUGUAGGAGCUGAUCUUCUUAGUCGAUGUCCAUUCCUAGACCCAGGGCUUUCCUUUGACAACUCUGAACACUACUACUACCCCCUCCUCAGUGCCUACUAUCACCACAGUCUAGUCCAAAUCAUCCACCCGGAGGUCGCCGCCGGAAAUCCUCCACCAAUAUUGUCAAGAUUACUUUCCACAGACAUAACCUCCCCUUUAAUGUUUAUAUUGGUGGAGAGUCCCUCCCUGUCCGAUCAUAUCAACCCCCCUGUCAAUAUCGGAAUUGUUGGCGUCAAAGCCAUGCUGCCAAAUACUGCUGCUCCACAGCUCAAUGCCCACUAUGUGCCCAACCUGGUCAUAAUCGAUCAAACUGCUCUACAGGUGUGCCAAUUCACAUUUAUAUUGCAUUUAUAUGUCAACAUGACUGUAGAGGAGGCUUCCGAUGCUAUUAGUUCCACUUGA